CUUUGUCGAACUAAGCGGACGCCAUCUUAACUUUCCGAUGACUGAAGAUUGCAUGCCUAGGCGACAAACGUUCAUUUUCAGUCAUCUUAAAAGGCUACAGACGCUUUGUUUAUAGGCGCUUAAGGAUUGCGAAGCUUCUUACGCCCAGAAAUGGCAACGGGAGCCAACGCAACCCCUCUGGGGAAGCUACACCCGAGUAUCGGCGCUAAGCGAGGCUUCGACUCCGGGCCCGGUGCGGGCUUAAUGGCUCCUCCUGUGCCUGCAGUAUCUUUCCCUCUGCAGAACUUUCAGCCACCUCAGUUAUCGAACCCAGCCUUUCCCCAGUUCCCCGAGUUCCCAGAGUUCGCCGGAGCCGUGAGUUCUGCGCUCUCAAAUCCAAUCGGAGUAGGGAUGCAGUCACAGGCGGGAGGCGUAGAUUUCGGGAAGAAGCGGAAAAAGAGCCGUUGGAGCAGCGAGACCCCCGACCAGAAGACAGUUAUCCCGGGCAUGCCUACCGUCAUCCCACCUGGGCUGACUCGCGACCAAGAGCGAGCUUAUAUAGUCCAACUGCAGAUUGAAGACCUGACACGUAAACUGCGUACAGGAGACCUGGGAAUCCCUGUUAACCCUGAGGAAAGGUCUCCAUCUCCAGAGCCCAUCUACAACAGUGAGGGAAAGAGGCUAAACACACGAGAAUACCGCACACGCAAGAAACUGGAGGAAGAGAGACAUUCUCUUAUUACCGAGAUGGUGGCACUCAACCCUGAAUUCAAACCACCUGCUGACUACAAACCCCCAGCUACACGGGUUAGUGAUAAGGUAAUGAUUCCUCAGGAUGAAUAUCCAGAAAUCAACUUUGUUGGACUUCUGAUUGGGCCACGUGGCAACACCCUGAAGAACAUUGAGAAGGAGUGCUGUGCUAAGAUCAUGAUUCGUGGAAAAGGCUCUGUGAAGGAAGGGAAGGUGGGCCGUAAGGAUGGACAGAUGCUCCCAGGGGAAGAUGAACCUCUUCAUGCGCUAGUCACUGCUAACACCAUGGAGAACGUUAAAAAGGCUGUAGAGCAGAUCCGUAACAUUCUCAAGCAGGGCAUCGAGACCCCCGAGGACCAGAAUGACCUAAGAAAAAUGCAGCUGAGGGAAUUGGCACGGCUCAAUGGUACUCUUAGAGAGGAUGACAACCGAAUCUUGCGUCCGUGGCAGAACACAGAGCCUCGCAGCAUCACAAACACAACUCUCUGCACAAAGUGCGGUGGAGCUGGUCACAUCGCUUCAGACUGCAAGUUUACCAGUUCUUUUGGUCCGCGGCCUGGUGAACCACCCCAGUCUGCUCAGGAUAAGGCACGCAUGGAUAAAGAGUACCUGUCCCUCAUGGCAGAGCUAGGAGAGGCUCCAGUUCCUGCCUCCAGUGGGGGCCACAGCAACUCUUCCCCCAGUGGACCUCGUCCAACAGGACUCAGCAACAACCAGGCACCCCAGAAUCGACCUCCUUGGAUGAAUUCAGGCCCUACCGAUAACAGGAACUACCAUGGCAUGCAUGGUGGUCCUGGGGGUCCCGGUGGCCCUCAUAACUUUCCACCACCGAUGCCAAACAUGGGUGGCCCUCCUAUGCCGCCAAAUCCCAAUGGAAUGCCUCCACCCUGGAUGCAGCCGCCCCCUCCUCCAAUGAGCCAAGGCCCAGCACCGCCUGGACACCCCAUGGGUAUGAUGCCCCCACCCAUGGGUAUGAUGCCCCCUCCUCCUCCACCUCCCAACAACCAACCACCACCUCCACCUUCAGGACCUCUGCCACCAUGGCAACAGCAGGCACCACCCCCACCACCCACCAGCAGCAUGGCAACAAGUGCUCCAAUGCCUUGGCAACAGAAUACAACCACCACAUCCACCCCAGCCACUGGAAAUCUGCCACCCUGGCAACAGCCUCAGCAGGCAGCUGCCUCAGCCGCUCAGCCCCCUCCACCCAUGGGCACCCCUUCUAUGGUGCCUCCUCCACCUGGGGUCCAACCUCCACUUCCACCUGGUGCCCCACCUCCUCCACCACCCCCUCCACCUGGCUCAGCAGGCAUGAUGUACGCACCUCCUCCCCCACCCCCACCCAUGGACCCUAACUUUGUGACCAUGAUGGGAAUUCCUGGAAUGCCACCUUACGGGAUGCCCCCAGCACCUCCACCACCUCCACCCCAAAGUUAAAGUCUCUGUGUAGUGUUUAAGGCCCUGUGAUCAUGCAGCAAUGCUAUAAUGUACACAUUCACUGCAGGACUAUACUUAGAUCUGUUCAUUUAACAGCUUGAUGUGUUUAGUUACUAAAGGGUUUUUUCCAUGCUUGAUUUUUUGCUCCUUUCCCAGUUUGGACAAUAGACAUUGAGCCAGAGAGUAUGAGAUAUGGUGCAGUUAGAAUUUGUAAAUUCAUUUCUAUUGUUGAUGAUUUUUAACUGUAGUCUUUGAUCUGUUUGGUAGAAUAUUUGUUCAUGCUGUUAAACUGUUGAUGUGCAGGGAAUGUGUGUGUUGAUUUCUUUGUUUCUGCCAGCCUGCCUUUUUAUUUUCUUACGGUCCCUCUCCAUUAAGUGAAGUUUUGCAUUGGCAACAUUCCAACAGAUAGACACAACCGUUUAAAUACUUGUAACCAAAAUUCUUCAUCGCAUUCAUUUCUGCAAAGUUUAAACGAGACAUUUGUUAUAGCCUUUUGCGCUUAUGGCAUACCACCCCAUCUGUUUUUAUUUAACAAAUGUAAGUUUCGCUUCUGUUGCCUUCCACCAAAAUGUAUUUCAAUAUUUUUGUAAUGAAGCGUUCAACUAAAUAAAAGUUGGCAUGGCAUCGGAUUGUGCUGAAGGAG